AUUUUAUUUAAUACGUUGAUAAUGGAAUAGCCAUACAGUCUGUGUUUUUACUGUACAUGAUUUCCAACUCGGAGAAGAAACAAUGAAUCGUGUUGUUAUUUUACUAUUUUUGUAUUAUUCCAUGGUUGAUGGAGAUUAUUUGGAUAAAUUUGGCUUGUCAAAAUCGAAUGAUAUUUUCCGCCUUGAAAUUCCUAAAUGGAUCAAAAGAAUUGAAAAAGAAAAUCCCAAAAUGUCUUGGUCUAAUUGUGGUUCAUCAUCAGAUCUCAUCAAAUUGGAUAAGCUAGAAAUACAACCAUCGAAAAUAAAGAUACCAGGAAAUGUAACGGUAUCGGCUUCGGGAAGUUUGAAAGAGGACAUUACUUCAGGAAUAAAAUUGGAUCUCAAAAUCGAAAAAAAAAUUCUAGUAUGGAUCAAGAUUCCAUGUGAAGAUAAAAUUGGCUCCUGUACAUACGAUGUUUGCUCAAUGCUUAAAACUAUUUUUCCUGGUGGAAAAUGCCCAGAUGUUUUUGUUAAAGCGGGUGUACCAUGUCAUUGUCCCUUUUUAAAGGGAAAUUACUCACUGAAGAAGGCCAAUGUUUUUGUCAAUCCAUCGAUUAAAAUACCCAGUUGGUUGGAGGAAGGAGAGUACAAAAUACAACUCGAUGUAUCUCAUCAAGGGAAGAGACUAAUGUGUUUAAAAAUGGAUCUUUCAUUAGCCUAA